GGGCGAGUCAGACGCUCUCCUCCCUCCUCCUCUAGUCCUCUUCCUCUCCCACUCCACUCCACAUUACCGGAAUCGAAUCGAAUAAAGUACUAGUCUAGUGGCGGUUCUCAGUGGUGGCCGCUCCGGCUGGAUUCCUCAUUUUUUGUUGGCAUCUUCUCUGAUCUGAUCAGAUGCAAUCUCGCCGUCGCCGUCCCUAGCAACCGCACGCUUCCUCGCUCGCCGCGAACCCUAGAGGGUUAGGUGUCGCCGCGAACCCAUGGCCUUCUGGUGGCCGCUGCUGGUGCUCGCCGCCGCAUACGCGCUCUGCCGCCUGCUCCUCUUCCUUAUCCCGCCAACCGUCCCAUCCAUCGACGUCGACGCUUCCGACGUGUUGGCUAAGGAGGACAGCUUCAUCUACAUACCGAGAAAGGGUAAAGCAGCUCAGACUGACAAGGUCCAAUGCUAUGAACCAGCGACCAUGAAAUACUUGGGGUACUUUCCUGCGUUGACUCCUGAUGAGGUCAAGGAACAUGUUGCUCAAGCCAGGAAAGCUCAAAAGAUAUGGGCAAAAAGCAGCUUCAAGCAAAGGCGCCAGUUUCUUCGAAUCCUUCUCAAGUAUAUACUUGAACAUCAGGAUCUCAUAUGCGAGGUAUCAUCUCGGGACACUGGAAAGACUAUGGUUGAUGCUUCAUUAGGCGAGAUAAUGACCACAUGUGAGAAGAUUACCUGGCUUUUAGACGAGGGUGAGAAGUGGUUGAAACCUGAAUACAGAUCUACUGGGAGAUCAAUGCUGCAUAAGAGAGCCAAAGUUGAGUUUUACCCUCUUGGAGUGAUUGGUGCAAUUGUAUCUUGGAAUUAUCCCUUCCAUAAUGUUUUUAAUCCAAUGCUGGCUGCAGUAUUCUCCGGUAAUGCAGCAGUUAUUAAGGUCUCAGAAUAUGCGAGCUGGUCAGGCUGCUUUUAUUUUCGUAUCAUACAAGCAGCUCUUUCAGCUGUUGGUGCACCUGAGAAUCUGGUGCACGUAAUAACUGGUUUUGCGGAAACAGGCCAAGCUCUUGUAUCAUCAGUAGACAAAAUAAUAUUUGUGGGAUCUCCUGGUGUUGGAAAAAUGAUCAUGAAAGGGGCAUCAGAGACUCUAAUACCUGUAACUCUUGAGCUUGGUGGCAAAGAUUCAUUUAUUGUGUGUGAAGAUGUAGAUUUACCCAGUGUUGUUCAAGUUGCUGUUAGAGCUGCUCUGCAAUCUAGUGGGCAGAAUUGCGCUGGUGCUGAAAGAUUUUAUGUUCACAACGACAUCUAUUCUGCCUUCGUUUCGCAAGUAGCGAAGAUAGUCAAAUCUAUAUGUGUUGGUCCCCCAUUAUCAGGCAGAUAUGACAUGGGUGCAAUCUGUAUGAUGGAGCACUCUGAGAAACUUCAGAGUCUUGUUAAUGAUGCUCUAGACAAAGGUGCUGAAAUUGCUGUCAGAGGGAGCUUUGGGAAUCUUGGUGAAGAUGCAGUCGAUCAAUUUUUCCCUCCAACUGUCCUGGUGAAUGUUGAUCACACAAUGAAAAUUAUGCAAGAAGAGGCAUUUGGCCCAAUUCUACCAAUCAUGAAAUUCAAUUCUGAUGAAGAGGCUAUCAAACUUGCAAACGACUCAAAGUAUGGUCUUGGUUGUGCUGUUUUUUCUGGCGACCAGAAGCGUGCUAUCAGAAUAGCAUCCCAAAUACACUGUGGGGUAGCAGCAAUCAAUGAUUUUGCUUCAAGUUACAUGUGUCAGUCUUUGCCAUUCGGUGGUGUUAAAGACAGUGGAUUUGGGAGAUUUGCUGGUGUAGAAGGCUUGCGAGCUUGCUGCCUUGUGAAGUCUGUUGUAGAAGAUAGAUUAUGGCCAUAUAUUAAAACAGUGAUCCCGAAACCUAUCCAGUAUCCUGUCUCAGAGCAUGGAUUUGAGUUCCAGCAGUUGCUUGUGGAGACUCUGUAUGGCUAUAGCAUGUGGGACAGGUUGCGGUCCCUUGUGAAUCUUAUAAAGAUGGUUACCGAGCAGAACUCUGCCUCAGUUUCAAAUGCGACGACGAAGAAAAGGCGAUGAGGCGAAUACUGAGGGGUUCAGUUGAAUCUCGUGUCAAGUAUCAGUUUUCUCUUAUUAUGGUAAUUCCUCCCAUCAGUAAUCCGAUCUUUAGACUUUAGAUGCUGUAUCCUCCCCAAGCUUCUUCUUGGGGAGGUAGGUUCAGUGGUUUGGCGGCACUGUCUGCGUGUAAUCGGCCUUGAGAAACUAGAAUUUAGAAGUAGGCCUCCUUUGAUGACGAGAGAAAAUUGAAAUCGACAAUUGAGACCUCCAAUUUCGAGUUUGCUCUCUGAAACAAUCUUGAGCCUGGGAGCUUGUGAGCGCUUUGGGUUUCAGAACUUUUUUUUCUGCUUAUUAACACUCGAUGCCUGGGCAAUGAAAUGAAAUUCCACUGUGAAUUUGCUAGGAA